AUGCGUUUCUCCUCAUAUGCUCUUCCCGCGUUGGCGGCCAAUUUGGCCGCUGCUAUGCCCAGGCCUCAAGACAUCGAUCUUGAUAUGGUCAUAGAUACUCCUGAUCCGACUUACACCCAAGCUGUCGGUGUCGCUGCUCAAACCGUCACCUACGACACCGCUUCCCUCAUCGCUGCAGCCACCUCAGCCGUCUCUUCUGUCAGUGUCGAGAUCAGUGAUGUUCUGUCUCAGACCGCAGUUGCUACCAAUGCGAAGAGAGCCGCUCCCACUACUUGUGCCCCUCAACCUUCCGGAGCAACCUCAGCCCCCACCUACGCAGCUAACGCAGACAAUGCUGCCAACUUCCUGGCAAACACCUACUACGCUUCCGUCGCUUCGGCCGCCCCAACUCCCUCUGGCUACAGCCAAGCCUUCGUAGCCCAGCAAGCCUCUAACAAUGCCUUCGGGUAUAUGGGAUACGACACGUUUGAUACCUACGACGUCGUAACGUGUGCACAGCGUUGUACUGCCAAGGAUGGUUGUGUCUCCAUCAACAUCUACUUCGAACGUGACCCAUCUGUCAAUCCUGAUGAUACAUCGUGCUCGAACCCUUCUUCGGUAACCAUGAUCAAGUGCGUGUACUGGGGCGGACCUGUCAGCCAAGACAAUGCAGUCAACCAGGGUCAAACCCGUGGUGGUUUCACUGUUGCGAUCGCUGGAUCCAACGGCUAUGUCACCACUCAGAUCAAGACCCCAGCUGGUUACCAGGCUGGUGUUCCCUAUGGAAAGUUUGCCAUCAACGCACCCUACGAUAUACAAGGCUACAACACUUUCAUGGGCUCUAAGCUCUUUACAUCUACCUGGGACACAGCUGCUUGCGCUGCCUACUGCGAUUCUCAAACUGCAUACAACAAGGCAACCGCUCCCAAGGACGGCACACCAUACAAGAUUUGCAACUUCUACAACACUUAUGUCUUGACUGCACACAAAGCUGAUGGCUCAGUCGUCCCACAAGGACAGUACUGCGCUCUCUACACCGAGGCAUGGCCUAUCAAGUACGCCACUAAUGGCGGACAGUGGAGAGGACAGGACCAAUACGUCGUCAGCUACAGCUUUGGCUUCCCUAAGAACAAUCCCGGCAUCGACCCUACCGUCGGCGAUUCGAAUGGUGCCGUGUACCAGGCUGUUGCCGACAUCAAGUGGUCGAAAUUGCAGCCCUUCUGCUCUGCUUAUCUUGGAUACACAAAUCCUGUGUCAACUUCGAUUGCCAUCUCGACCGUCGUACCCGUCGUCACCUCUACUGCAUACUCGACUACGACUGUUUCAGCUGUUGCCAAACGUGCCGCUCCGUCGUCUCUGUCAAUCCCUGCUGACUUGAAGAAAUACCAAUCCUCAGUUAUCUCCUCAGCGUGCGCCAUGCAGGUCACUGCCGCGUCCUCAACAUCUGUCUUAACUACCUUCUCAACCGUCACUGCCGCUGCAUCGACCACCGUCACAACAAUCGUGUCUACUGCAACUGCUGCAGCUGGCCCUGCCUUCACCGCUGCAAUCUCUUUCUUGAGAGCCGACGCCAAGUACGUGCUCUUCUGCUCGGAUGCGUACCUCGCCCAGCAGCCUGAUCUCGUUCCUCUGCAAUGUAACAUCGAGACCCAAAUGGGCAGCACAUCUAGAACUGGCACCCUCUCAUGCACUGCGACCGCCAAACAAGGAGAAUUCAACACGUUCGUUGUUGGCCAAACGCCGGAUGGCCAAAGUAAUUUGGUUAUGGCAGAAAGUGGUGUCCCCGUAGUAACAGCUGACGGAAGCACCUUCUUUGACGCAACUCUGACCAUCGGCUUCUAG